AUGAAACCCGCAACUGCAAAACAACACAACACUAAACGGGUUCACAAACUUCCUAAACUCACAAAUACACAAUUACCAUCUUCUUCAACUUCCAAAUCCACAUGGAAUAUUAUUAAAAAUCCAUUAAGUGGAAGAACUAGAAUUAGCCAGGCUUGUGAUAGGUGCAGAGCCAGAAAGAUAAAAUGCUCUGGAAAAUCUGAGAUGCAUCCAAGGUGCACAAAUUGUAAGAAUGAUGGCUUUCAGUGCAUUGUGUCCGAUAAAUUGGCCAGAAAUUCAUUCCCAAAAGGAUACACAAAGAAUUUGGAGAAGAAACUUCUAGAUGUAGAACUAGAACGCAAUAAAUUGACCCUCGAAUUGAAAGCGGUGAAGAAACAGCUCGAAGCAGCUCAGCAAAUGAGAAAACUACCAUCUGACCAACACACUGAUCCCUUUUCCGGAAGAAAAAUCACUAAUUUGGUGAAGUCACAAUCGAAGUCAAGCAUAAAAACAAAUCAUGAAGGACUUUUUGAUUUGGAACAGUUCAUUGUUUUUCCAUUCAAUAAGUUGCUUCAGAGGUUCCAUUUAAAAUCAUUCAGCGGUUAUAAUCCUUCUAAAUCAAAAAAGAACAUUGAUAAAUCUCGGCUUAUUCCAAAUGAAAGCAACGCUUUUGGUACAAAAGAGGAUCCAGAAAUAGAGGUGUUGCAGAAUUAUCACAUGAACCUCAAUAGAUACUUGAACUUGAUUUUAUACAAGUUGAUUCUUCCCUCAUUUUCAGCAGGAACUUCUGACAAUCGGGGAAAGCUUUCCUCUAGUGGGAGUAGAAAUAAUUUGGAUCACCUUAUUUGGCUUUUCUUCAACAUCUACAACAAAUUGAUUCCCAUCUUGGAUUUUGAGCUAUUCUACAAUGAUUAUUUAACGUUCAUUAACAAAUAUACACUCCAGAAGUCUACAUAUGUGGAAAAUGGAGAAACAAAAAGACGUUACUAUACAUUUUCCCCGAAGGAACAGGAUCUUCUGAUAAAGCUCAUUUUAAUCCUCAAGUUCACCUUGGCUGAACCAAGAGGUUCUUUUCUGUCAUCCAUUCCGAACUUUCGCUCCUUUAACCAACUUGAAGAGUCGAUCAAAUUGAUCAACUUGAAGAAUUUAAAGCUUAUGUUGGGAAACAUCAAUUUUUCAACUGAUAUCACGUUAGACAAGGUUGAAAUCGCUUUAUUGCUUUUCUACUAUUUGGUGAAGUUUGAGAACUAUAAUGUUUUUCCUCAAACUCAAAUUGGUUCCGGUGGUCAGGGUUUCAAGGCAAAUUUUCUUCGGGAUGUAAUUCAGUUGUGUAUAUCAUUGGUGAAAAAUCUACAUCUUGAUAGCAAUGCAUCAAAUAUCGUGUUAGGGAAAAGUAAAUGUUCCAAUAGUCAGCUGAUUAAGAUUCAAAGACUUAAAUUGUACUGGGACUACAGAAUUUUGAUGAAACUCACAGAGACAUAUUUCAACAUUAAUCUUAAUUCUGCUGUCUGGAAUUUUGAUGAUAGUUUCAAUGAGCCAGAGAGCUUAGAAAGUAUACAUUUUGUGUGUACGGAUAUUGAGGUUACUCUUCAACUCGUCAAUCUUCUUAAGAUAACACCAAUUAAUGUUCUUAAUCCAGAUGGUAUGAAAGACAGUUUAAAGACGUUUGAUGAAAGCAUGCAGGAAUGGUGUAAAGGAGUGGAAGCAAUGAAAACAGAGGAUAACAAUACAGCUAUUCUGAAGCUCAAGACUUACUACUACUAUUUCAUGAUAGUAACGCAUCUUGAUUCUCCGGCAGAUGUUUUAUGCAAGCUACUGAUGGAGUACAUGGAGAUUGCAUACGAGCUUGUUUUCUCAGGAAAGAACUUCAACCUAAAUCUUGAAAAUGCUGAGAACUUGUGCAUGCAUAGUUUCAACUUUCAUCUUCUUUGCUUGAUUGGAUUUCUUGUGGUUGGAAAUGGAUCUACUUGCCCUGAAACUUUAAAGAGUAAGAUGAUGAAAAUAUUCAAUCUCUACGAAUUUCUAGUGACUGUGAAAUAUAUGAAUCCUGUGUUGUGUGACCUUAUUGAAUACAUCAAACAUAAGAAUGAAUUUGGCGGACCUACAGAAACAAGUUUCCAGGAAAACUUGGAUUUCCUUUCUUAUUCUUUGGGAAAACCAUCAUCUUCCACGUUUCAAUCAGGUGUUAAUUCUUUCAGGGAGAUGCUGAAACAGAAAGAUCAAGGAAGUCUUGAAGAUAUGAGUUUCCAAUUUCCCACUGAGAUUAAUUACGGACGGAAUGGGCGGAAUAACUCAAAAAGAAUUAGAUCUUGUGCAACUGUGUAUAAUCAGCCAUCACCAAAGAGUACAGAUACUUCUAUAACUGCCUAUUCAGUUCCCUCCUUAUUUUCAUCUGGUCCGUAUCAAAGAGUUCAGGUUAAAAAGGAAAUGGAUUCUAUUGAUUUGAAGACAAGAUCUCUUUCUGUCGAUACAACUGCGCUUAUGCAAAAUAGGAAUGUUUCAGAUAAGACCACUAAUGAGAAGAUAUUCUCUAGAUGCCAGUCAGAAAACGGAACAAACAAUGUAAUGGCGGAAUUGGAGCCAAAUGGACAGGUGAAACUUCCAGUAUCUCUAUCUGGUUUUUUAAAUGAGAUAAACAAUUUUAAGUCUGGAACCUCUGAACCGCCCAAUUAUCCAAAGGAAAAUAGCACAUUACCUACCAUUCCAUCAGAAUCAAACCUAGAAGCAUCACUAGCUCAAGCGGAAAGAAUGGCAUCUUCAGCAAAUCAAUUGGACUCAAUUGGUGGCUUCAGCAUGGUUGAGCCAAGAACUCCUCAUGGUGUACCUUUCAGGGAUAGUGAUGACUUGAUCAAGUUGAAGGAAAGAGUGAUGAAUAUGAAGGCGACAAUGAGAGGGUGA